AUGAGAUCAGUCAAAACGCGUUUUCGGCUUCUCUCCGACCCAUUGCGCCCUGAGCGAAUCGCAAAGUCGCAGGCGGACACCCGCUUUCCCAAGCCCUACCUUGUAUCCUUCGACCUUUGGGACACGGUUUACACGCCGCGCAAACCGAUUUCCCAACAGUACUAUGAGAUCUCGCAUCGGGAAUUCGGGCUACCGCUCUCGCUUGAAAGCAUCGAAGAAAAAUUCCCCAUGGUGUACCGGGACAUGGUGCAAAAAUAUCCCAACUACGGCAAGUACAGUGGGGAAAUCCACUCGACCAACGACUGGUGGGCCGAGCUUAUAGUGCGGCUCUACGAUAUUCCGCACUUCACCCAGAACAACGAGUCGCGGCGCCUCUGCGACCGCCUUCUCGCGCACUUUGGUUCGAGCGAAGCGUACUAUUUGUACGACGACGUUUUGCCCGUCUUGGAGACGUUGUCGCGGAACGGGAUCAAAAUGAUAGCCGCCACAAACUCGGACGACCGCGUGCUUGGGAUUUUGCAGAGCUUUGGCUUGGCGAGAUAUUUCGAGUCGGUGCAUAUUUCCUACGAUGUGGGCCACGCCAAGCCCGACCGUAGGUUUUUCGCGCGCGCUGCCCAGAAACACUUGAAGGCGCUUCAACAGCAAGACCCAAACAUCACGGCAACAGAUUUUUUGGAACGUGCGUGGCACGUGGGCGACCAUUAUGAAGAAGAUUUUGUCGGUGCUGUGAAAGCCGGGUGGAAUGGAGUCCUUGUAGACCGGGAGAAACGGUCGGUGUUCAUGCAAAGUGCAGGACCGGCCCAACUUUCGAACGACUGUUUUUCGGGCGCGCAACCGUCGCUCGACUCGCAAGACCUCGUCAUGAUCGCCAAUAACAGAGUAUGUGUGAGUGGCUUGAAAGAAUUUCUUCGGCUCUUUGACCUCAAGUGA